AUGACUACGCCUCAUACGCUCCUAGGAGAAGUUCAGUGCCUCAGACGUCAAAGUUCUACCGACAAGUACACCAAUGAGUAUGUGAAAAAACAGUUUGCUCAUGAUGAUCUGAAUUUGGACGAACGAUAUAAAGCUCGUUCAAUCGACAGAGAUAAGCUCAAAAAAGUUCCUUGGAAACAACGACAAACGACAAUCUACCCGCUCUCCGAGUUCCCGAAACUGGGAUAUGGAAAUCCGAAUCUUUCAAAAAACACAGAAAUUGACGAAGAUGCAGACCUGCUGACACCAAAACCAUCAUUAUGGACUGAUGCCGCACAAUUUUUGGAAAAUUUGAGCAGCAGAAAAUCAAAAGAUCAAGACCUUUUAAUCUCCACAACUAGCAAUAAGACGAAAAAUAGGCCCUACGACCCCGUUUCAACAUCUAAUGCUGAAAAAGAGGAUUUUAAUUUGUUGAAAUAUAUUUUCCCUCAACCGAUAACGCCCGCAGGAGUUCAACCGUUGUUUGGACGCCCGGCAAGACCAGGUUUCCUAGUAACAGAAGACGGUCACUACAAAGGUUCAUCAAGUGUUCAACCAAUAGAACAAAAAACUUGGGGCAACCGCUUGGUCAAUUCUCUCCCAGCCGCUGUCGACGGUUUUCAGCUCGGUGUACCGUGGGAAACGCCAGACGGUGUAACCGGUCUUCGAGUCCCACAAAAAAGUGUAGCAGAAAAUUAUCAGGAUUCCUAUCAGUGGAAGAUAAACAGAGCCAACUACAUUCCUCAAACGUCAAAUUUACAACACAACAAAAUGAAAGUAAAAAACUCAAGUGGUUUAUGGUACUUUCCUGAGUAUAAUCAUGAAAAGGUGCCGUCAGUAAAAGCAGAUCAAAACUAUGAACCAAAAGCUACUAUACCAUCAUCUGAAUGGAACAGGCCAUUCCGAUAUGUUCAUGAGCAACGAUAUUUUACCAACGACCGAUACAUAUCACCAGCCUCUAUGUAA